UAGCUAGUAGUAUACUCAACAAAAAUUUUUCACAAAAAAUUGCCAUUCAUGCAGCCCAAUAUUACCUCAAUCGAAACAUCCUCGGAUGGCGCCUGGCAAGGGGAUAAUCCCCUCAACUACGCCUUUCCCUUGCUCAUAAUUCAGUCCACCUUAGUCCUCUUCACCAGUCGCCUCCUCACCUUCCUUCUCAAGCCCUUACGCCAACCCAAAGUUAUCGCCGAGAUAGUAGGCGGGAUCUUGCUAGGACCGUCUGCUCUUGGCCGGAACAAAGAGUUCUUACACCUGGUUUUCCCCUCAUGGAGUACCCCGAUUCUUGAAUCCGUCGCCAGUAUUGGUCUUCUCUUCUUUCUCUUCCUCGUCGGCCUUGAGCUUGAUUUGAGCUCUAUUCGUCGAAGCACCAAAAAGGCACUUGGCAUUGCGGUCGCCGGAAUAUCUCUACCAUUUUUCUUUGGCGCCGGAGUUUCCAUUUUCCUCCGGAAAGCCGUUCACGGAGACCACCAAGCAACUUACAGCCAAUAUCUCAUGUUCAUAGGAGUGGCCCUCUCCAUAACGGCUUUCCCUGUUCUCGCCCGCAUUUUAGCAGAGCUCAAACUGCUAACCACUCAGGUGGGCCAGACCGCCAUGGCUGCGGCUGCAUUAAACGACGUCGUUGCCUGGGUCUUGUUGGCUCUUGCGAUCGCCUUAGUUGGUAACGGGCCGGGUGAGGCCCACAGGAGCCCGUUGAUAUCCAUAUGGGUCUUAUUAUCCGGUCUUGCCUUUGUUGCUUUCAUGUUCAUCCUGGUCCAGCCCAUCAUGAAUUGGAUGGCCCGUCGGUGCUCGCCGGACCACGACUUCGUCGACGAAACUUACAUAUGUCUGACUCUCGCCGGAGUUAUGCUCUCCGGGUUCAUGACCGACCUGAUAGGAAUCCAUGCAAUAUUCGGCGCUUUCGUGUUCGGACUUACGAUCCCAAAAGACAGCGCGUUCGCCGGGAGAGUGAUGAAGAGGAUUGAAGAUUUCGUUACCGGAUUGCUUCUUCCUCUUUACUUUGCGUCGAGCGGAUUAAAGACGAAUGUGGCAAAAAUCCAGGGGGCGGAGGCGUGGGGGCUGUUGGUUCUUGUCAUAACGACGGCAUGCACGGGGAAGAUUGUUGGGACGUUUGUGGUGGCGAUGAUGAGUAUGAUUCCGUUGAGGGAAUCUUUGGCACUUGGGGUGUUGAUGAACACGAAAGGAUUGGUGGAGCUUAUUGUCCUCAACAUUGGGAGGGAGAAGAAGGUCCUAAACGACGAAAUGUUUGCAAUUUUAGUGCUCAUGGCACUUUUUACCACUUUCAUAACGACACCGGCGGUCCUGGCCAUCUACAAACCCUUGCGUCGGGUAUAUUCACCGGCUCGACGCCGAUUGGAGCAACCGUUCCCUUCUGCUGAAAACUCAAAGGAUGAACUUCGAAUCCUGGCAUGCGUUCAUGGACCAAGCAAUGUACCUUCACUCAUCAGCAUUAUUGAAUCCAUUCGUACCUCUAAGAAAUCCCCACUCAAGCUUUAUGUUUUGCGCCUUGUUGAACUUUCCGAUCGAUCCUCCUCUAUCGUCAUGGUUCAGAAGACUAGAAAGAAUGGAAUGCCCUUCGUCAACCGGUUCCGUCGUGGUGCCUCCUGUGAUGAGGUGGCAACCGCAUUUGAGGCUUAUGGGCAAGUUAAAGGAGUCACCAUUUGCCACUCGACAGCCGUCUCAGCACUGCCUGUGAUGCAUGAGGACAUCUGCCAUUUAGCAGAGGAGAAAAGGGUGGCAAUGAUCAUCCUACCCUUCCACAAACAGUGGACAGGGGACGGGGAAGGGGCAAUAGAGACUAUUGGCGAUGCGUGGAGAGAUGUGAAUCAAAUGGUGCUCAGGUGUGCACCAUGUUCGGUGGCAGUGUUCGUGGACCGCGGAUUUGGAAGUAGGCCUGAAGAGGUGUUGGAACCCACCUCCACACAGGAGAGAAUAGGCGUUUUGUUCACUGGAGGAGCGAAUGAUCGUGAAGCUUUGGCGCUUGGUGGCAGAAUGGCUGAGCCCCAACCUAACAGGGUGACUCUGGUGAGAUUGCUUAUGAGGGAUGAAAACGAAAUAGGGACAGUGGGGCAACAAGAGCAGGACCUGAACGAAGCAGCAGUAUCACAAUUUCGACAAAGAUGGAAUGGAAAUAUACGGUAUGAAGAGAAGGUUGUGAGCAACAUCGAAGAGGGAGUGCUAGCAGUAGGGCAGAGUCAAGAGUAUGAGCUUCUAGUUGUUGGAAAUGGGAUGUCCCGGUCAACCAUUGUAUCAGGACACAACCAUAACGAGCAUGCAGAGUUGGGACCUGUUGGCAAUAUCUUGGCUUCAUCAGACAGUCGCAUCACGGCAUCGGUGUUGGUGAUUCAACAAUACACUGCUAAUGACAAUGAAGCUAUUGGCUCAAAUAUGAUGCAAAGCAAGGAAGCUGUUAAUGAUGGAGAAUCGGCUGUAUGACAGUCAUGUGGGGUGGAGAGAUGCAGCGAUGUAAAAUCUUUUAUUUUAUGUGUAUUAGGUUUUCCGUUACACGUUUAGAUAGAAUAAAGAGGGAUGAGUAUG